AUGAGUUCGUCCCUGAGCACAAGCUUCGUUAGCAGACGUGUUAAUGACUCCACUUUCCUGAUCAUCGAAGAUGAUUCUUAUGGGGAGGAACCACAUAUCUAUGUCAAGAUCUACCCAGAUCACUUACUCAUAACCGACACGGGCUGCGACUCGCCUCGAAAACAUGGCCUCGCUUUAACCUCACUACGUGAAUACAUAGAAACCGUUCCCCUCCCGCUCAACGGACACCAAGUCCUAAACCCAAAUGGCUCAAAACACUAUAUAAUAAUCUGCUCUCACUGCCACUACGACCACAUCCUCGGCAUCCCUCAAUUCCUCACCGCAAACCCAACCAUAAUCGCCUCAUCUUUCUCAAAAUCCUUCCUGGCCCAAGAAAACCUUCCAACCAACUCCCUCUGCAAGUACAUCAACAAGCCCACGCCCCAAUACACCAUCACCCACUGGGCGCACCACCUCUCCUACUUCAGCCUCCCAAACAUUCCUCCCUUCCGCAUCCAAUUCCUCCACAUCCCCGGCCACACCCCCGAUUCGCUAGCCUGGUACGACAUCGACGAGCACCAUCUGUACGUCGGCGAUACCAUUUACGAACGUAAACGCUCAACCCCCAUCCCUGAACUGCCCGAUGACGCCGGACAAGUGCCCGGGUUGCCAGCCACACAGGCUGCUAUCAUUUUUCCCGAUGAAGGCGGGGAUUGGAUAGCAUACAUGUCGUCCCUCUCUCUCCUCCUUUCUUUUACUACUCACAAAAAUGACGAACUGAAAAAACGGGGGAGUGAGAAGAGGGUUAAAGUAGCGUGUGGACAUCUUACCUAUGAAGCGGAUGCCGAGGAUAUGAUUCUACAGGUGAAAGGCCUGUUUGAGAGGAUUAUCGCUGGGAAGGUCAGUGUCAAGAGGAGUGGAGUUAAGAGGGGUGUUGUGCAUGAUUUCUGGUUGGAAGAUGAGGGGGAGGGGAGUAAGUAUAGUGUUAUGGCGCCGAGGAGGCUUUUUGAGGAGGCGAGGAGGUUUUUUCAUCCUGAGAUCGGAGGGAGUUGA